AGGAAGUGAAGGAUUCAAGAUGUCUCAGAUGACAGAAGAUCAGUUGUCGGAAAUUCAAGAAACAUUCAACAUCUUUGAUCAGAAGGGAGAUGGAAAGAUUGCUGCCUCACAACUAGGGGAUGUUUUGAGGGCACUCGGUCAAAAUCCAACAGAGCAUGAAGUCAAGAAGUGUGGCUACAGCAGUAAUCCAGAUGCCAGGGUUUCAUUUGAGGUUUUCAUCCCUAUCCUGCAGACCAUCAGUAAGAACAGAGACCAAGCUACGCUAGAAGAUUACAUUGAGGGCCUGAAAAUGUUUGAUAAGGACCAGAAUGGAUUUAUCUCAUCUGCAGAGUUGCGUCAUAUACUUACCUCCCUUGGUGACAGGAUGACGGAUGAUGAUUGUGAUCAACUGUUUCAAGGGCAGGAGGAUGCUCAGGGCAAUGUCAACUAUGAAGAUUUCAUCAAGAUGGUGAUGAACUGCUGAAGAUAACAAUAUGUUUUCCCUGACAAGUCAUUCCAGAGAUGACCCAUCUGAAUUCCUGGUGUAGAACUGUCUGACAAGCCAGAGGAGCAGCAGGGUUGGCAGAAUGUUUUUAAAGAUGCUUAUUAGUAGGAAUGGACUACACAAAAUAGGAAAUGACAGGAAGCGAGGGCAUGCCUACCAACAUAUAUAACAUCAUAUCUGACUUGCAUUUCCAGUUUGAAGAUCUGACAAUAGUGAAUACAAUUUGGUUGAAGAAUUUUUAGGAAUGAAUUGAAUUUCGGAAUCUCUAUGAUUAGUAAUGUCAGAAAAAGAGAAACCUUUAUUGAGAAAAAACACCCAACUUUUAUUUUGUUGAAGGUUAACACUGUGUAGUUAUAUAUUUACUAUGUCCAGGAUCCUUUGUUAGUGGAACACAAGACUUUUUUUCUCCAUCAAAAUUUUCCCAAUAUUCUAAUCAAUUUUAUAGUACAAUUCUAUUAACAUUAUCUGGUAACACGACAUUAAAAAAGGUUGAUUCUGGGAUACGUUGGUAGAAAGCUGCCACUUCAUUCAUGUGAAUGCCCUUAAAGCUACUCAAAGUCACUGAUAUCCAGUUAAAUUUGAAGCCUGUCAGCCCAUACGUUACAUACUUGACCAUUAUGUUAAGAUAUAUUAGAAGCUUGUUAUUAUAAUUUUUUUUUCAUUCCGUUAGGCCACGCCAACAUCUUAGAUUUGCUUCUCAUAUUCACCCAAACUUUUAGUUUUUUUACUCGUUACAACAAGGUGUAAAUAUUACAUGACCACAAUUUUUUAAGUGUUGAAAUGAGAUGUGCUACAUUGUCGCCCAUAGCCUCUGUAUUACAUGCUUUGUUAUCAUAACUAAUAUGUAUUCUCUUUUUUUGAGAUAUGUUUUAAAAUCUUGUGAUGAUUUCAGAAAUUAAUGAUCAGAAUUCCUGUAGAGAAUCUGAUAAGUUCUGGUGAAAGAGUUCUAAACAAAAUGUACAUUUGUUGUAAUGAAACAUAUAUAACAGAUGUAUUUAUACAGGAUGGGUGAACAACACUAUUAAUAAACAAAUAUUUAAUAUCAUUUAAUAAAAAUAUAAGCUUUAAAAA